CUCAAAAUAAACCCCCUCCACACGAUCCCCCCUCCUAUAAAACCAACUCACCACUCUGCUUCCCCUUCUCAUCCUUUCAAACAACUCCCCACAAGAAAAAAAACAGAGCUUUUCCGUGCAGAUAUUAAUUCAGUGAGAGUGAGAGAAAAUGGAGGGAAAGGAGGAAGAUGUUAGACUGGGAGCUAACAAGUUCAACGAGAGGCAGCCGAUCGGAACGGCGGCUCAAACCCACGACGACAAGGACUACACGGAGCCGCCGCCGGCUCCCCUGUUCGAGCCAGGGGAGCUCACUUCCUGGUCCUUUUACAGGGCCGGAAUCGCCGAGUUCAUCGCCACUUUCCUCUUCCUCUACAUCAGCGUCCUCACCGUCAUGGGCGUUGUCAAGAGCCCAUCCAAGUGCUCCACCGUCGGAAUUCAGGGCAUCGCUUGGGCCUUCGGAGGAAUGAUCUUCGCCCUCGUUUACUGCACCGCCGGAAUCUCAGCCAAAAUUGAAUUGGAAUCUGACAUCGAUCGUUUUCUUACAGGGGGCCACAUAAACCCGGCGGUGACGUUCGGGCUGUUUCUGGCGAGGAAGCUGUCGCUGACGAGGGCGGUGUUCUACAUGGUGAUGCAGUGCCUCGGCGCGAUCUGCGGCGCCGGAGUUGUGAAAGGGUUCGAAGGGAAGCAGCAGUUUCAGCUUCUGGGCGGCGGAGCUAACUCCGUUGCCGGUGGGUACACCAAGGGAGAUGGGCUUGGUGCUGAAAUCGUCGGCACUUUCGUCCUUGUCUACACCGUCUUCUCUGCCACCGACGCCAAGCGUAGCGCCAGAGACUCCCACGUCCCGAUUUUGGCGCCACUGCCAAUUGGGUUCGCGGUGUUCUUGGUCCACUUGGCGACAAUCCCGAUCACCGGAACCGGCAUCAACCCAGCUCGGAGCCUCGGCGCCGCCAUCGUCUUCAACCAGGACAAGGGCUGGGACGAUCACUGGAUCUUCUGGGUGGGCCCAUUCAUCGGAGCAGCGCUGGCAGCUCUAUACCACACGGUGGUGAUCAGGGCCAUUCCUUUCAAGAAGUGAGGCCUUGAAGAUCAACGGCUACGAUUUGCUUUUGCUUGUGGUGCUCUGUUUUGAUGCCCUGUAAUAUUUAAUAAAAAAAAAUCUCGUUUUCUUAUUUCUGCAACUGAAGUGAACAUUUUCUCCCCUUAUGUGUUCUUAUUUUCAAGCUGUGAGGGGGGAAUAUGCUGAGUGGUGAACAUGGGUGUGAUGGAUGGUGGGCCCACAGCUUAAGCUGAGGGAUGGGCCCCCAGUGUUUGUAAUUAUUUGUCAUGUGGGCUGUGGGCCUGUGGCUAUGGGCUCUGAGAUAAUUGAAAUGAAAUGUCGUUUUCCGUCUUUGCCGACCAGCAAAAAACCUACUACUCUACUCUCUCUCCCCUUAUCUAUCGUGACGACGUCCAUUAUUUGACUUCUCUUAAUUGCAAUUUGUUGCGCUGUGCUUUGCUG